AACAUAAAUAAAACCAGAUAAUAAACACGUUGUCCAAGUCUAUAUAGAAACGUGAUAGCUAGUUGUGCUAACUUGAAACGAAAUAACGAUGAAGAUCUUGUUAUGUGCUUGUUUAGUGCUCCUGCAAAUAUCUCAAAUACCAUCGGAGCCUAUAUCAUCCAAUCCAUUUUGGAGUAACUACUCCAACUCGGAUGACCCAUCAGGAUUGGGACUUCGCCGGUCAAAACGACAAAUCAUCCCCAGUUUGCCAUCAAUUCCAAUCCCCAGCAUCAGUGGAACCUCGAUAAUUUUCGGGGACCGAACCAUCGAGCUGCCGGAAGUCCUGUCUAACGUGAUGAAAUCCAUGUUCGGCAAGAGUGACGCCUGGGAAUUUGUCCAUUUGCUGACCAAACAGCGAUGGUUUCCGGUGGGAGCUCUGGAACUAAUUUGUGACCUCAUUUUGGCGAAGUACCAACUUUUCGGGAAAUCGUUGGUGGCUUCCGGGAUGGGGAGAUUGAACAGUACCUUGGAUUUCUUCUCCUGGGCUGUCUCUGGCGUAUUGGAUAGUAUUCAGACGCAGCUUAACAAGGCAGUCGAUCUUGCGGCAACUCCCUUCCAGUACUCGUGGCAAUCGGUGAGGGAAUGCAUGAGGAACAAGUUUCGAGAAGCCGGCCAAGGAGUGGUGAAUACCACUGUGGGUUGCAUUCGAAAGAGGUGGAUCGAGGCACAGGAAGUUGUGCAGGAUUUCAGCGGAACUGUAACGGAGACCGAUACAGCAUUCGAACAUUGGUUGGAUGAGGUUACCAAAUGUUGCGAGAUUGAAGAUAAAGAAGAGGAGAGGGAGUGCUACGCUAAGGCAAUCACGAACCCUGCUCUAAAAAUUUUGAAACGUAUUACACCUCGUUGGAUCAAGUUAACUCUACAAAUUUCGGCAACCAUCGCUAUGUUUCAGCCAAAGCUGGAGUUUUGUGCAGCCGAACUCAUGGUUAAGCUGGUUUACGAAAUGGGAAAAGGAGGCAUAGGAAUCGCUUCGUGUAUGUGGGGUUAGAUUUUUGUUCUUAGAGCACGAAAAAUUGUGGAAUUUUCUACAAUUGAUGGAUUAAA